AUGUCUGAAUUCUUCAUGCCCAACAGUAAUGUCGGCAACCGCGACAGCGUCGAGGACUGGCGGAUCCGGGGCAUGACGCCUUUGACGCCACCCGACCUCUUGCAGCACGAGAUCCGCCAAACACCAGAAUCGAAAGAGGUCGUGACGGGUGCUCGAAGAGAGGCAGUCGAUGUCGUACAUGGCAUGGACAGGAACAGACGCUUGAUGGUGGUGAUAGGUCCCUGCUCGAUCCACGACCCGGCUAUGGCAUUGGAGUACUGCGAUAGGCUCCUGGAGCUGAAGAGAAAGUACGAGCAGGAUCUCCUGAUUGUCAUGAGAAGUUAUCUGGAGAAGCCUCGGACGACCGUCGGUUGGAAGGGCCUGGUCAACGACCCCGACAUCGACGACACCUUCAACAUCAACAAGGGUCUACGUGUUGCCCGACAAUUGUUCUUGGACCUUACGGCGAAAGGCAUGCCGCUGGCAUCGGAGAUGUUGGAUCCUAUCAGCCCUCAAUUCACCGCCGAUCUACUUUCGGUCGGCGCUGUAGGCGCAAGGACAACUGAAUCACAAGUCCAUCGCGAGCUAGCAUCUGGUCUUUCCUUCCCAGUAGGCUUCAAAAACGGAACAGACGGCACACUCGACGUCGCGAUCGACGCUAUCGGCGCCGUCAAGCACCCUCAUCACUUCCUCUCCGUCACCAAACCCGGCAACGUCGCCAUCGUCGGCACAGACGGCAAUGAAGACUGCUUCGUCAUUCUCCGUGGCGGCAAGAAAGGCAUCAACUACGAUUCGCACUCAAUUAAUGAGGCAAAGGAAGCACUGGUGAAGAAGGGGCUGCGACCGAGACUCAUGGUGGACUGCUCGCACGGCAAUAGCGAGAAGAACCACAAGAACCAGCCCAAGGUCGCCCAUGCGAUCGCAGAGCAGAUGAAGGAGGGCCAGGAUGCCAUCAUGGGUGUUAUGAUCGAGUCGAAUAUCAACGAGGGAGCGCAGAAAGUGCCGAAGGAGGGGAAGGCGGGUCUGAAGUAUGGUGUCUCGAUCACGGAUGCUUGUAUAGGCUGGGAAGACACGGAAGCCGUACUUGCUGAGCUCGCGGAGGCUUCUCGUCUGCGUCGGGAGAAGUUGGGGCCUGUAAAGGAAGUCAAUGGUGUCAAUGGACAUGCGUGA